AAUCCAAAUCCAUUUCUAACUGCUGCUUCAAUUUUUCAACAUAUUUAUUUUUGCUGAAAUUUCAUUAAGUGCCUUUUUCUUCUCUUCAAUUAGUUUUCUUUUCUUUAUUUCCAGUUGUCUUAUUUCCAAAGCCAUUCGUUUUCUUUUAUCUUGCUUUUGCUCUUCUGAGUCUUUCUCCUGUCGCUGUUUUUCCAGGGCUUCUUUGUAUUUACCAUUGGCAUUUCUCAUUGCAAACACAACAGACUUUGUUAUUUCAAUAUUGUCCAAGCCUCCCUUCACAGUUACAGAAUCAUGAAUCAUUCGCUGUGCCACCAGUGACUGUUCCUUUAAGUUUUCCACCAAACAUUCCCUGUUAACUGAAAAACCCCUUUCUAGAUUUGAGUUGCCAUGUGACAUGAUGAGAAUGAGUUUAACAAAGUUUUCCAGAUUUCUGUAUUCUACCUUGUGCUCAAGGACUUCCAUCCAAAAUUUAUCUAAACGUAUAUCACUUCUUGAGUAGUGAAUCAUUUGAUAUUUGACGCUUUCUCUAGAGCACAAGUCAGUAUACUCACGUUGUAUUUUAUCUGCUACAUUGCCUUCCAUUACAUUCCUUGAAACAAGGGUUUCAAGAGUUUGUCGUAGCCUUGUAUUUCCUUUAUCUGAUGCAGAAAUAUGCGGACUAAGGCAAGAAACAGAUUCUGUAAAAGAAUACUUUAAUGGUGACCUCUCCAUACAUUUCUGGAUAAAUAACUUCAGGAAUGUUCUGCAGUCAUUUUUGAAGACAAGAAUAUCUUUUUCAGUAGCACCCUUACAUUUAUUUAGAGCUGACCUCGUCGCAAAACCAACAUCAAUGUCUUUAGAAAGCAUUAGAGUUUCCUUUUUUCCAAUGUCAAUCUUCAGAAAAUUUGAGCUCAUUACUUCAGCUCUGACUAUUCUUGUCAUGAUAUUCCGUACAAGAUCAGACAGUGUUUCAAACAAGAAUGGCACCAUUGGACUGUCCGUCUGAAACUCUCUCAAGAAGGGCUCGACCUGUUUGGACAGAGACUGAAAAAAAGUCAGUUUGGCCAAUAAUAACCUAUCUUUGAGACUACUAACAACAGUUUUGAAACUAUUGCAUUUGGGUUCCAUUGGAGUGCCUUCAACUGUUUUUACAUAUUUUUCUAUGCAAGGAAGAACCUGCAAGGCUCUUGAUACAACAAUGUCAUUUUCAAGCCACCUUACAUUGCAGAACUUCAAUGGGAAAACAGAGCUUCCUGUAACCUGAAUGUAAUCUCCUCGCCUAGCAGGGGAAUCUUUGAACAAAUAAUACAAAGCUCUAAGAAAUUCAUUUAGAUUCCAUUCAGUUCCCUUGAGCCCUACCUUAAAUGCAUUGUGCAACGUGUGCAACCCACACGAUCCAAUAUCAAGCAACUUGGGUCCAUCAACCUCACAGGACGAGAGUUCACUGUUCAAUAAUUUUUGAAGUUUCAAAUUAACAUUCGGUCCAUCCAUAGACAACUGCAUAAUUUUAUUCAGUGGUAUGCCUAUCAGUGCCUCUUUAAUGCCUUGAAGGAGACAAUCAUAUGUAGAAUGCUUCAAAAAAACAGAUGUCAAGUACCUGGUACAUACAGUAUUGGUGUUACAAUCCCAAAACCAUACAGCUACAUCCAUCUGCUGGCUCUGUGCUACUUUGUUUAGGGAUUCAUCAAAGCCUAAAGUAAUCUUACUACAUGUUUUCAACAGACCUUCUAGCUCAUUCUUGAAGUAUGGUGCUAGGCCAUAAACAAUUGAAUAUGCCAUUUUAGUCCGGUGGAGUUGCAUGCUAUUGGCAAUUUCACAUGUUGGGAACAUUUUCUUAAAGAGGCUGCAAUUUCUUUCUGCUGAGCGUAAGGAUGAGUGGUUUAGCACCGUGGAUAAACACCAAUAAGCCUCUGCCUUUGUAACACUGUCUUUAGUCAGCAUUCUUUUCAGACCACUACCUUCAACUGUGUGUAAAUGUGAUUGUUGUAUGUCAGGUGAUUGAAAUGGUGACGAUUCAGAUUUUUUGUUUACUGGCAUGCUUAGUAUGCUCACUGACUCACCAACUGACGUUUCUUGUCCAAUGCUUAUUUUACACGUAUCUUGACUGGAUGCAUAUGUAGACACAACUGAUGAAUCAAGUGCAAAUGACGUAGAGGCAUGUAUAGCAGACGUAGAAGCGGUUGAAACAGAUGUUGAAGCAGUAGAUGCAGAAGCAGGUAAAGCAGAUGUUGAAGCAGCAGAUGUGAAAUCAGGUACAACAGAUGUUGAUGCAAAUGAAUACAUCAAUGGUGGCGUUGAGUUCUGAACUUUAAGGGCCCUGACACACGAGCGACCGAGUCGCGCGACUGAGACGCGCGACUCGGUCGCCGGGAAAUCGCUUGCCAUAAGAUAGCAUGGGCGUGGGUGAGAACCUGGCACACGGGCGACUGAGCGCGUCUCCAUCGCGCGUCUGUCGCCAGCAGACGCGAAUCCCCGCGACAGAUCGCGGCGACCAGUCGUGCGGGAGCCUUGCACACGGGCGACUUUUAGCCGCGCGUCCGAGCGACUGUCGGUCAGUAUCUGGCUGUAUGUGCUGGCGAGGAAGAUGGCGUUCGAUUGUGACCGUUUUAUAAUCGAAAUAGAAUCAAGGCCAGCUAUUUGGGAUUCCAGAUGUGAUGAGUAUGCUAACAAAUGCAAAAAGGGAAAGGCAUGGGAAGAGGUGUGCGAUAUGUUCGUUGAGAACUUCAAAGCCAUGGAUAGCGUCCAUAAAAAUAAAGCAGCUGCAGAUCUGCAACGGAAAUGGAAGAAUCUACGUGACUGUUUCAGAAGAGAACUGGCUAAACAGAGGAAUUGUAAAUCAGGUUCUGCAGCAGAUGGCAGGAAACAAUAUAUAUAUUUCCAGCAGUUAACUUUCCUAUUGCCAGUAUGCGACACCAAACCUACAACAGAAGAAUCUCCAGACUUGCACACGCAAGCCACACCCGCAGCAGCUACAUCUACGGCACCUACUUCUCUUAAAAGAAAAAAACCGUCACCAGAAACAGAAGAACUUGAGCUACUUCAGUCGCUUAGAAGAAAUAUGGAAAAACGACAUGCAGGUAGAGAAGAAGAAGACAGUGACAGGCAUUUCUUGUUGAGUCUUUUGCCGUACUUCAAACGUCUGCCAGACGAUAUGAAACUUGAAGUUCAAAGCGACUUUUUAAACACCUUAAGAAGGUACAAUCAGGUGUCAAUUUCUGGUCAUCGAUGUCCUUCUCAGACUUCUGUCUACCCUCAUUCUUCUCCAUCAGUGAUCACAGGCCCAUCAUUUGUUUCGCUUCCAUACCCUAGUAGUAAUACAAGUACCUCUGGAGUACGCAACCAACAAUUUACACCCACCAUCAGUCAGUCUUACAACUACGGGUCUCAUUCAACUUCAGAAACAUCGCAGUUAAUGAGUCAACCCCAGCAGCCGCUGCAAUGCCACGCCUUAUCACCAAUGUCACCAGCAGCUUCCUCAUCAGUAUCUCUCCAGUCUGAUACGUCAAGUAUUUGUGAAGACUAUUUUAACUGAUACCUAAUAAAUUAUAAGACAUGUGACCUUCAUGGAAAGAGCAGUUUCAGUGAAUAACAAAUAAAUAUGUUAUCUAACAAUUUUCUUCUAAAUUUAUGAAAGAAUUUAUUUUCGUGUGCAAAACGAUAAACAUUUAUGUGUUGGAUCUUUGAGACAAUAUCGUGUCACGUAAUAAUAAAUGUUACUUAUUUGGGGUAUGUUCAGAAAAUGUUUUUUUUUAAUAAUAUGAUAAUAAAUGCUUCAACUAUACCCUUAAAAUACAUGUAACUGUCUAAUUAAAUUAUAAUUUCAGCCGUAGCCAAACACAUUUCACUCCUGUGUUCCUUGUACAACUAUGAAAUGAACUAUUUGUCUGCUUAUACAAGUGUACCCACCUUAAUGUAAUUGCAAGUCUCUCUUCAGCAGGGAUACUUCUUCUCAUACUUGUGUCAACUUUUUCAAUGUGAAUUUUCAGUACAUCCAGAAGAUCCGAGAAAGUACUCCGAGACAUUCUGAAAUAGUUAAAAUAUUUCGAAUUGUCUUCUUUUAGCUCACUCAUAAUCGUAUAAAACUGGCCCCUUGCUAAGCGGUCUGCAGUUAUUGGGUGCAUCCAUAGUACACGUUGCCUGCGACGACGCCGGCGCCGACGGCAACGACGCCUUAGGACAAUGCCAAGAACUGUUUCUUCGUCGGUGUCCAUAUUCA